AUGGGAUUGCAUCUGAAAAUGGAUAAGCUUCGCAUCGAUGAGACGGCGAAGAAAAUUAAUGGAAAUGGGAGUGGGAGCAGCGAUAGCGAGGUCGAAUCGGCUCAGCAAUGGCCGCCACGGCAAUAUGAAGCGCUUCAUGAGAAGGUGAAUCGACGAAUCAAGGAUGGAACCCCGUUCUUCUCGUUGGAGUUCUUCCCGCCGCGAACUGCCAACGGUGUCGCCAACUUUUUCACAAGACUUGAUCGUUUCAAUGAAGGUGGUCCGGUGUUCGUUGACAUCACGUGGCACUUGGGAAGUGAUCCAGCGAACAUGUCGAAAGAGACGUCGUCGUCGUCGAUCGCCGCUGGCUGUUUGAACUUCUGCCGCGUCGACACGAUGCUCCACAUGACGUGUGUGCAAUACUCGAAAGAGCAAACGAUGAAGCAUCUCGAGCAGGCGAAAGCAAUCGGCUUGAGGAGCAUUCUGGCGCUUCGCGGCGAUCUUCCGCCGCCAACCGAAGACGAGAAGCCGAUCAUCUACCAAUAUCGGGCACUCGACAUGAUCCGUUGGAUCAAGGAAGCGUACGGCGAUUAUUUCACAAUCGCCUGCUCCGGCUAUCCGUUGGGACAUCCCGAUGCGCCAUCCUACAAAUCCGAUCUUCUCUAUUUGAAGGCGAAAGUCGACGCGGGCGCGCAGCUCGUCAUCACCCAACUGUUCUUCGAGCCCGAGGUGUUUGAGAAUUUCGUCAAAGAUUGCCGCGAGAUCGGCAUCACGGUGCCGAUCAUUCCGGGAAUCAUGCCGAUCAUGGGUUACGAUUCGAUUCGUCGAAUCGCCAAGUUGAGUCAACUCACGAUACCCGAGAAUAUUCUCAGCGAUUUGGAGCCGAUCAAACACGACGAUGAUGCGGUUCGGAACUAUGGAAAAGUCAAGUGUAUCGAAAUGUGUCGCCGAUUGCUGGCGAAUGGCUCGGCGAAAUCGCUUCAUCUCUACACGAUGAAUCGCGAGGGAAAUUGUCGCGAGAUUCUCCAAGAGCUCGGACUCUGGCUGAAGCGUCCGAUGCGCACACUUCCGUGGGAGCCGCACGGUCCGAAUCAUCCGAUUCGCUGCAAAGAGGACGUGCGUCCGAUCUUCUGGAGCGCCCGUCCGCGCAGCUACAUCUACCGAACACGCGAUUGGGACGAUUUUCCGAACGGCCGAUGGGGAAACAGCUCGUCGCCGGCGUUCGGCGAUCUCGCCGAUUAUUAUUUGUUCCAUUUGAGGAGCCAAACUCCCAAGGAGGAGCAACUUGCCAUGUAUGGUGAAGAGCUCAAUGACGUCAACGACGUGAUCAAGGUGUUCGUCAACUACAUCACUCAGGUUCCGAACGAGAAAGGCGUCAAGGUCACCAGCCUUCCAUGGACCGAAUCCGAGAGCGGUGUGCAGCCGGAAACGCAAAUCAUCAGCGAGCAGCUCAUUUGGUGCAAUCAGAAUGGCAUUCUGACGGUCAACUCGCAGCCAUCUGUCAACGGCGCGCCGUCGACCGAUCCGCUCGUCGGUUGGGGAAAACCGGGAGGCUAUUGCUAUCAGAAAGCCUAUUUGGAAUGCUUCAUGUCGACGGAUCUCGCCAACACGCUUCUGUCGUUUAUUGAUGAGUAUGCGCCGAGAAUCAACUAUCAUUUCAUUAAUCAUGAUGGCACCGUUGACAAGUCGAACGGCGAGCCGACGACGCCGAUCGCCGUCACGUGGGGCGUGUUCCCCGGCGCUGAAAUCGCUCAGCCGACCGUCGUCGAUCCGUUGUCGUUCCGCGCGUGGAAGGAUGAGGCCUAUCAAAUGUGGAUCAAUCAAUGGGCCAACUUGUAUCCGCGCGAGUCGAAAUCCCGCCAAAUUGUUCAAUCCGUUCACGACACGUUCCUUCUCGUCAACAUCGUCGACAACGACUUCCAGAAGCCGUCGAUCAUCUUCGAAAUUCUCGACCGAUGUGUCAAGCAGCACAAUAAAUCUGCCAAUUGA